AUGCCCUACAAAUCCCGCUGGACAAUUGACAUCCCCGACACCCAUCUAGCAUCUCUCCUCCUCAAAUCCCCCACGGCCGCCCUGUCUAAAACCCAAAAAUGCUACCUAGAAGCAGCCCGCCCAGAAACCCACUACCUAACAACCCAUGACUUCCGCCUCUGGAGCCAACGGCUCGCAGCCGGCCUGCGCAAAGCAGGCCUCCAACCAGGAGACCGCGUCCUCCUCUUCUCAGGAAACGACCUUUUUUUCCCGGUAGUCUUCAUGGGUACAGUAAUGGCCGGUGGCAUCUUCACCGGUGCAAACCCAACCUUCGUAGCCAGAGAACUCGCCUACCAACUCCAAGACAGCGGCGCUACAUACCUCCUCUGCGCAACAGCCAGUCUAGAAACAGGCCUGGAAGCCGCUAAACAAGCCAAUCUCCCUCUAUCCCGGGUCUUCGCCUUUGACAACGCUAUCUACGAUGGCCACACAUCCCCACCACCAAACUGUCCCUGCCCCUACUGGAGCGACCUCGUCGCAUACCCAGAAGAAGGCGCCGCCUUCACUUGGGAUAUCCUGGACACACCAUCCCUCUCAUCUCGCACUUUAGCUCUCAACUACUCAAGUGGCACAACCGGCCGCCCUAAGGGCGUCGAAAUCUCCCACAAGAACUACGUCGCCAAUAUGCUCCAAUAUUGCCACCUCCCUACUCUAAAGCCGGAUUACGAGGCUCGUCUGACCCGCGCUCGCUGGUUAUGCUUUUUGCCUAUGUACCAUGCAAUGGCACAGAAUAUCUUUAUUGCAGCUGCGCUGUACCGCGCCACGCCCGUUUAUAUCAUGCCCAAGUUUGAUUUCGUGCGCAUGCUGGAAUAUACGCAGCGGUUCCGGAUUACCGAUUAUAUUCUUGUGCCGCCCGUUGUUGUUGCGCUGGCUAAACAUCCUGCCGUUAAGGACUUUGAUCUUUCUAGUGUUGAGUCUGUUGGUAGUGGGGCUGCGCCGCUUGGGAGGGAGGUUUGUGAGGUUGUUGAGGGGUUGUGGCCUGCUGGGAAGAUUAAUGUUAAGCAGGGCUGGGGGAUGACUGAGGCGACAUGUUCUGUGCUUGGGUGGGAUCCGACGCAGACCAGUACCUCUGCAUCUGUCGGUGAGCCUAAUCCUAACUGUGAGGCGAAGAUCGUCACGCCUGAGGGUGCUGAGGUGUUGGAGCGUAACCGGCGUGGCGAGCUGUGGGUGCGGGGGCCGAAUAUCAUGAAGGGUUACUGGCGCAACGCGAAAGCCACCAAGGAGACUCUGACGGACGAUGGCUGGCUGCGAACGGGUGAUAUUGCCUAUGUGGAUGAUCGGGGGAAAUUCCACGUUGUGGAUCGAAUGAAGGAAUUGAUCAAAGUCAAGGGCAACCAAGUAGCGCCCGCCGAACUAGAGGCUCUGCUACUCGAGCAUCCCGCCAUAGCAGACGUCGCAGUCGUCGGAGCAGUCAUUAAUAAUGACGAGCGUCCUCGGGCAUAUAUUGUCCUGAACCCGGGCCAAUCCGCUACAGCCAACGAUAUCACGCAGUUCAUGGAGGGCAAGGUCUCCGCGUUCAAGCGGAUUACAGGCGGAGUGGUAUUCCUCGAUGCGAUACCAAAGAAUCCAUCGGGCAAGAUCUUGCGCAACAAGCUGCGUGAGCAGGCUAAGGAGGAAUUGAAGCCUGCGGCGAAGCUCUAG